CAGCUUGUCUCAUACAUCGGGAGCAAUCCUUAGCGACACCAUGUCCCUCCUAGCUUUAUUUUUUUUACCUCUACUGAGCACUGCUUUAGGUUUCUGUGGCUCUAGUAUCCGCUGGGCGCAUAAUUUCAAAAUGGAUGACGUUUACGGCAUUUGGUAUGGAGUGGGGUAUGCGCAACACACCCCGGAUUUGACUAAUAAGCCUACUGACGUAGGCUGUGUGACUAUGUACAUAACUGAUCCCAGCGUUGAAGGCCGUGAGGAUUAUUUGACCGACUGGUCGAUAAAAAGAAGAAAUUACUCCAACGAGAACUGGCGGUCUGAUAAGAGUAACCCUUAUUCAGGCACCCAACUAGCGGGCUCCUGGCUGGACAUCAAAGUCAACCGACGAAAGAGGGACAUAUACACCGAAAAGCGAAUCAAAAUCUUAUGGGACGAGGAUGGGCAGACUAUGGAGCAGACGUAUUCAUAUGCCACUGAGACCCCUGGGGUCUGGGUCGCUGAAAAACGAAGGCCGAUGGAACAGCAGUUGAUGGAUCGAGGAAUUGACGUUUAUUACCCUGACGAUCCACCGAGACAUCCUGAAGUGAUAAGAGUGCUAAAAGUUACCCCCCACAUGAUGAUAAUCAACCACUGCUCAGACAGCGGCGACCGCGGGUUAUUCUCACUCAUUCUCCGGAGAUCCCCCUCCAGGGUAGAGCGGUGGGAGUGGUACGAUUUCCAGAGGCAGUUCUUCAGUUUUGAAUUACCCAACGUGCACCGAUAUAUGGCCAUUUGUAGUGCCUGUGCGAAUUUCGGCUCAAUGUUUUUAUUGUUCUCCGUCAUGAUUUUGGCAAGGAUGUUGUGAUUUUUAAUUUGUUUAAGCGGUAAUAUUGGAUAAAUAACAUGAGGAUU